AAUGAUAUAGCAAUGGAUUUAUUAUGCGUCUUUAUUAUUGCAAUAGCAGCUUUACACCUAAAAGUUCUAAAUGAAAAUCUUCUAAAUGCUGAUAUAAAUAUUAGGGCCUUAUCAGAUUUUAAAGAGGAAAAUAUUGAACUAAAGAUGCUUGAGUAUUUAACUAAUUGCUGCUUAUACUAUACCGACAUUGAAGAGUAAGUGGCUUAUAACUUUUAGGUUACCUGGAAUUUAUUUAAAGACUUAUCUUAUUAGGUUUGUAAAGGGAAUUAAUGAAGUAUUCUCAGUUCAUAUAUGUGCGCAGUUAAUUACAAGUAUUGUAGCUAUUUGUAAUACCGGAAUAAUGAUAUUGGCGAUCAAUCCCAUAUCUUUGGAAGGACUUAUGAUUGUUACUUAUGGAGUAAAUAUGUUAAGCGAAUUAGGAUUAUACUGUUGGUAUGGAAAUAUGAUACUGUUUGAGAGUUCUGAAAUAAUGAUAUCUUCUUAUUUAUCGAACUGGUACGAGAGAAGUCGACCUGUAAAAAAAAUAUUAUUCAUGCUUAUGGAACGAGCGAAGAAGCCUAUGAGAAUCAAGGGAGGCAAUUAUAUUGCUUUGAAUUACGUGACAUUUGUUAUGAUUAUAAAGUAUAGCUACUCAUACUUUGCUCUUUUAAGAAGUACCAUGGAAGAAGAUUAAACGUUAAUAUGAAACCAAUUCAGUUAAAUAAAAUUACCAUUUAUAUUUUUUUUAUUUUAUAUAUAAUUACCAUAAACUCGUAUUAUUAACUAGGUAGAUGAGAAAAAGGUAACGGAGCACUAACAAAAUGUUCAUUUUUAAAUCUCAUUGUUAUGACGUAAAAUUUUUAAAUACGGGCUUAUAACGUCGAUAUACGCAAAUUUAUUAAUAGUAUUUAUC